AAGGCAUAUGGCAUCGGUGGCUGGUCCGGCGAGUGGAGGACAGAGCGGGCGGACGAGCUCGGCGGUGGUGGCUGCGGCGGUGGCGGCAGUCGGGGCAGGCGGACUGGCGGCGUGGGUGGCGAGCAACCAAGAGCAGAUGGGCGAGAUGGAGGCUGACGAGGCGGUGGCGGUGCGGGAGGUGCGGGCGAUGGUGGCGGCGGCAGCGGCAGAGGGCAAGAAGAAGGACAAGGACGGCGGAAUGGUCCAUGUUCCCACAGGCGUCCAGGAAGAGGUCAAGUACCGCUACGAGCUCCGCAUCCGCCAGAUGUCGGCACCCGAGAAGGUCUUUGAGUACUUUGCUUCAGUCGAGGAUGCCGACGGCUCGCUCAAGAUGACGCCGGUCGACUUUAUGCUCGCCAUCACGCCUGUCGCCACGCAGCGGCCGGGCCUGCCGACCACGCUCUCGGACGACGCCGUCAAGCUCUUCGCUGACUUUGACGUCAACCACGACGGACUCAUCUCGUUUGCCGAGUACCUCUUCUUCAUCACGCUCCUCUCCAUCCCGGAAAGCGAGUUCCAGGUUGCUUUCAAGAUGUUCGACACCAACCACGACGGAACCGUCGACGCCGACGAGUUCUCGCGGGUCAUGGAGACGCUCAAGGACCGAACAGCCAUCGGCCAGCACUCGCGCGGCGGCUCGCGCUCCUUCACGCACAUGUCCGACAAGAACGAGUUUACCGAGACCUGCCGCGGUAUCCACGCAUUCUUCGGUGAGGACGGCAAGGGCUCGGUCUCGUUUGACGUCUUUGAGCAGUUUAUGUCGCGCCUCCGUGCCACCAUCAUGCACAUCGAGUUUGACUACUACGACGUCAACGACUCGGGCACCAUCCCGGCUACUGCCUUUGCUCUCUCCGUCAUCGGCUACGCCAAGACCAAGGACAUCUCCAUGUACCUUGACCGCAUCCACACCCUCCCGGCCCACGUCAAGAACGCCCAGUUCACAUUCAAGCAGUUCCAGGACUUUAACAAGUUCCUCCGCUCCAUCGACCAGGUCGCCCUCGCCAUCACCCUCUACGGCGCCAUCUCGGGCGGCUCCAUCAAGGCCGAGGACUUUGCCCACGCCGCCCACGCUGUCGCGGGCGUCCAGCUCGACACCCUUCAGAUGGAGCUCAUGAUCCACCUCUUUGACCACGACGGCGACGGCAAGCUCGACCCCGAGGAGCUCGCUGCUAUUCUCGAAAAGAAAGCCUCGCGCGGCCUCAACCGCAAGCGCACCAUUGGCAUCUUUGACAAGCUCGCCUGCUGCAAGUCCUGCUUUGUCAACAACUAGCCUCACUCUGCUAAACGAGCCUCCCACCACA